UGACAGCCAGACCAAAGCUCAGAGGAUGCAGCAGCAGAGAGCAGACUCUCCUGAACCCAGCUGUGUGUCCAUGAAGAGUGACCGGUCUAUGGGUCAUCCUAUUCACUUUAAAGAUGGACAACCUGCUGAUGGAAGGUUGACUGACUGUAACCUCUCAGAGAGAAGUUGUGCAGCUCUGUCCUCAGUUCUCAGCUCCCAGUCCUCUAGUCUGAGAGAUCUGGACCUGAGUAACAACAACCUGCAGGAUUCAGGAGUGAAGCAGCUUUCUGCUGGACUGAAGAGUCCACACUGCGGACUGAAAACUCUCAGUCUGUCAGGAUGUCUGAUCACAGAGGAAGGCUGUGCUUCUCUGGCCUCAGCUCUGAGGUCCAACCCCUCCCAUCUGAGAGAGCUGGACCUGAGCUACAAUCAUCCAGGAGACUCAGGAGAGAAGCUUCUGUCUGCUGGACUGGAGGAUCCACACUGGAGAGAACUGGAACUGGAUCCAAACACAAUGAGCAGAAAACUCAAACUGUCUGAUAACAACAGGAAGGUGACACGUGUGAAGAAGGAUCAGUCAUAUCCUGAUCAUCCAGACCGAUUUGAUCAUUGGCCUCAGCUGCUGUGUAGAAAUGAUCUGACUGGUCGCUGUUACUGGGAGGUCGAGUGGAGAGGAAGAGUUUCCAUAUCAGUGAGUUACAGAGGAAUCAGCAGGAAAGGAAAGAGUGCUGGCUGUGUGUUUGGAAAGAAUGAUAAGUCCUGGAGACUUUACUGCUCAGAUAAGUAUGCUUACUCUGUCUGGCACAAUAAGACAGAAACGUCCAUCUCCUCUUCCUCCUCCUCUGUCUCUCACAGAGUGGCAGUGUAUGUGGACUGUCCUGCUGGCACUCUGUCCUUCUACAGAGUCUCCUCUGACACACUGAUCCACCUCCACACCUUCAAAACCACAUUCACUGAACCUCUGUAUGCUGGGUUUGAAGUCUGGUCUGAUUCCUCAUUGUUUUUGUGUCUUCUGUAGGAGGGAGAGUCUCUCUGUGUCCUCUGUAGGAGGGAGAGU